CAAUUUAACUUCAGCAUGAAAUUCAACUCACAGAAAGUCUUGAACACUCUUGCUUCCCGAGAUGGGCAAUUUUUAGGUCUAAAAAUAUCUGGAGGGGGAUUAAGUGGUUCAACAAGUAACGCUCUAAUGGAUGACAGAGAAUUUCCACCAAAUGAUCUACAAAUAGACUCCAAAGACAAUCUUCAAGAUGACUAUAGGGUGGAAAGUUUGGCUUCGUAUUUGGUUUCUUCACCUGAUGAAAAUGAAAAUCAACUUGACAAUGACGGGAAUGAGGUUCUGACCAGUAGUAGAACUGCUAUGGGAAGGCAGGACAAAGGUGAGCAGGACAGCAUCAACAAUAAUGAGAAUAUGGACAGUGGAGACUGUACCCCAAGCUGUAAGGAAAGGGAGACUGAAAGGACAUCUGUAAAAGUCCAUAUGGACCCCCAGAUGGAGGAAAAGCCUGUUAUAGAAAAGCAGCAAGGUGGAAAAAGAAGUCCAAGAAGCAAAAGAAGCUCCGGAAAAAAAUCUAAAGGAGUCCCUUCAGUGGGAACCACAGCAAUCAAGGAGGAAAAUACUCUUGUUACACGUACAGAUUCAGUGCAUGCUGAAGGUGCUGUUGAAGCAAAUGAACAUUCUCACCAAAAAGAACAAAACCAAACGUUGCAGUCCCUUUUCUCUUUGCUCCGUGAAGAGGUUGAGCAGAUGGAUUCAAAGAUACUGCCCCUGUGUCUCCAUCAGAUCGCUGAGACCUAUUUUCAAGAGGAGGAAUAUGAGAAGGCAAUGAAGUUCAUUCAGCUUGAACGAUUGUAUCAUGAGCAGCUGCUUGCUAAUCUUUCUUCCAUACAGGAACAGUGGGAAAGAAAAUGGAAAACAGCAGUUUCUAGCCCAGUUAGAACGCUGAGGAAUUCAGCUAAAGAACUGAGUAGUGAAGAGCUGGAAAAGCUUACUAAAGUUUGUUCUUCACAUCAACAGCCACAGGCACCCAAAAACAAGCCAGUAGCUGCAGAAAUUACAUGGGAAAGUGGUUGCUUGCUCCAGUUAAAGGGAUCAGAGGAUUCAAAGAAAAGAGAAGCUACUGCUUUUAAAUCAGGUACUGAAACUUGUCCUGGCGUUGGACCAAAGAAAGAAGAUAAACAGCUGAGCAUUCGUCCUCCAGGUGAAAACAAAACUGAGAGACAGAGCGAGACAGCAAGCCUUUCAGUAGCAGCAGGAAAGGACCACAUGGAGGAGCAGCACUGCAGUGCUGAAUCAACAUCGGAGCCACACACCCAGUCCACAGGGACAGUGGGCAGGCCUUCUUCAGGCUGUUUAUCAUCAGGGGAUGCCGGUAAAGAUAACAGUUCGCAGCUGAGAGAAAGGCAGCUCUCUAAGGAUGCAGAAAAAAUAAAAGAGACAGCUGGGGAGCCUGGAGUGAAAAUCUCUCCUGGGCCAAUGGUAGAUGCUGUGGUUUUAACAGAUGCUGAUUAUAUGCCUACUGAUUCGGUUUCUACUGAUAAAGAUGUACAAGCUGAUAAAAAUCUUCUCAGAUCAAAACAUGUUGCUAGUUCUUCAGAAACUGCUGGUGGCCAGCUCGGAAAUAGUGAUUUAAACCAGCAGCAGAAACAGCCCGAUCAUGAUGAUGAAAAAUCUCCCCAGGACAGAACUGCAUCGAACGUGUGCUCUGGAAGUCAUAAAGUGUCUGAGCAUGAGAGUACUGCCCUUUCACGAGUAUGCAAGGAAAUGCAGAGAGCAGCAGGACAGGAGGAGAAGGUAAAAAAUGAAGAACAAGAAGAUUUUCUUCUCAGACUUUUAAAUGGUAACAUAAUAGACACUGAAGAAUCGUUUGUAAGCUUAGCAAACCAAGAGGAUUUUGACACUGUUCCAGAUAUUUCACCUGAACGAGCAUCUUACAACUCACUGGAAGCUUUAUCACUAGAUGACAGCUUUUCUUCUCUUGAUGAACUUGCAAGAAGGAUAGAGAUUGCAGAGAUUGCCCCAGCAGAAGGAUUAGUGUCCAUACUGAAGAAAAGAGAUGACAGGGAAGGAAAAGCAAUUGCUCAAGUCCAGCAAAGGCAAACAAAGAGAAGAGUCCGAUUCCAAGAAAUGGACGACACUUUUGAUCAAGAUGAAGUAGCUGGUGGCUCCUGUAUUUUGCUGAUCCUGCUGUGCAUAGCAACUGUUUUCCUGAGCAUUGGAGGAACUGCGCUGUACUGCACCUUUGGUGACAUGGACUCCCCGGUGUGUACAGAUUUCGCAGCCAACAUGGAUUUCUAUUAUACCCUGAUAUUGCAGCGUGUGGAAGAACUAAAACACUGGAUAGCCUUCUCCUAGUUGAAAUGAGCAGAGACAGCACGUUGAGAGCUUACCACUGAUCAUUGGUAGAAACAAAAACUGUGAUUUCAAGUUCUUGGUAACACUUGCCACCUGCAGGUGUAUGUGAUGAUGUACUUACACUUUUACUUAGAAAUUGAGAAAAAUCCUAGUUUAGCAUUCAGGUGGCAAAAUGUUCACAUCUUAAGCUGUAGCAGCGUGGUAUGGGAGAAUAAGAAGUCAUUCUCUUCACCCUUUUAAGAUUAGACAAGCAGCUUUUCGAUAACUUGAGCAAGUGAAGAAGAAAGAAGAAAAUUAACUGUCUUCUAUAUACUCUCUCAUUGCCACACCUUGUGUAAGCAAUCUCUGGAAGCUUAGUUAAAGGACAGCUUUGAUUUACAGCUGUUUGUGCAAAGGUGUUGCCUCCAGCUAUCAUGCAAUAAGUCUGUGUUUUACGAAAACAUUAUUUUUCUUCUACGUCUUACUAUUUUUCUCCAUUUUAAUUCUCCUGGUGAGCCAUGUAAUAAUUUGGGUGGAGUGAGAAGAGUGCAGCAGCAUUCACAGAGCCCUCAUUUGGUGAAAGCAGGCUGACCCUGUAUAUUAUAGAUUAUGGUGAAUAUCAUGAGUGGGAUAAAUCUGCUGGCAGAUUUCACAAAACUUCCUGGAACUUUACUCCCGGUAUUGUGUGGGCUGUUUCAGAAGUAGGAGGAUAAAAAAGAAAUCAUCGGUCUCACUAAACGCAGAAACAGGAGCAAGAUGUUUAGUAAAUUAUUCAUGUUACGGUAGCGUGGCUUUGGCCAGUUUUAAAGGACCUGGUAGUAGGUGUUGGGCUAACUGGGUUUUCUGUCCAGCUACGUCGCUGACUUACGGUAAUCACUUUGUGCCUCAGUUUCUCCUCCGUAAACGGGGAAUAACGAUCCUUGCCUUUGUCUGUGAAUAUUUAUUGCAAUUAGGGCUCAUGUCUGAUUCUCCUGCAGCCCGGAGGAGCACACAGGAUCACUGAACUGUGUGGCUGCAGCCUCUCUCAUUGAGUGAGCAUUUACAUACAGUGGGACUGAUCCAACAAAAGAAGAAAUUCAGAGGCUUGCUUGAGAUCCACAGUAUGUUGGUAGUCCAGGGCACUCAUUCCAGCAGAGAAAGCACAUUUGCAUCUAUUUGCCCUCCAGAUCUGAGACUUGUAUUGUAAAAUCUGCUCUCUUUUUCUACCAGCUUUAAAUCAGUAAAAGAGUCGUUUUAAAUGGGUAUUUCUAUCACCUGGUGCUCAGCCCUUUCUGUGUGGUAUGUGAGAGAAACACUGACGUGACGGCAAAGGUCAGAAUUAGUGACACAGGCCUUUGGCCCACGCUAUGGUCAAAAUGUGGCAGCUGUAAUUGCGCAGAGCAUGAUGCUGAUGGUGGUGUGUGAAAGGAGUCCUUCACACCUCAGGAAACAGCAGUUUUGAGGGGUCUGCUUCACUCCGCUCCGCUCCCAUCUCCAGCUUAUUAACGUUGUAUGAUGCAGUUCCUUCAGGUUUAGGAUAUUAUUUUGUAAACUACUACAAAGUGAAAUCUUUACGGUAUUGCUCAGAGUUAUAACAUGAAACAAUCAUGCUUUCUGCCAUUUGCAAGCCGAUGUCCCUCUAGUGAGCUUGAUUGAUCCUAAUGCACUGUUAUACUUAAUGGGUUUUUAAAGUGAAAGUUAAAAUCAUGUUUUUUUCCUAGAAUAAACUGCAUGUAUGAUUUCUUUUUCGGUUCUCACUGAUGAGGCUUAGUUUAUCCAUACCUUAGGAAGCCUCAUGUGCAGCUCUAUAUUAAAGUAGCAGAUCUAAAAUACCCAAAUUAAUGAAAACUUUUGCUUUCACAAUGAAACUUAUGAAUGGUAGUUUGGCAUAUUUUUUGUUGGUUAUUCUCAGAGCAUUAUAAAGCUGGACUAAUCUAAGGGAGAAAGGGAGAGAUGCUUUUGUAUUUUAAAGUGUUACUGGCUGGUUCAGUGUAUUAUUUUAAUUUCCGGUUUAUGUAUUUAUUUAGUUUUUAUUUUAAAGAAAAACUUAAUUUUCUUCUUUUUUUUUUUUUUUGGUAAUUUACUCAGAGUAAUUAAAAAGCAUGCAUUCGGUUAAAAUAUGUAUUUAUAGUGAUUGUGUAGUUAAAAUAUAUUUUGCAUUUCUGUAACUUUGCAUUGAGUGUUUCAGGAUAUUAAGUUUGUUCCUAAAAGACAACUGUUGAUUUCAGCUUAAAAAUAUGUUUUUGUGCACUUCAUCACCAAAAAGAUCAAGAGGUAUAUAUAGAACUAUUUAUUCAAAAAUAUAUGAGAUAUGAGGAUCGAAGAUCUUCUACGUUUGUUUAAUUAGAACUAUUUUAAAAUAAUUAUUUUAUUUAAAACUGUAAAUCUAUUUAAAGUCAAAGCAAUUUUUAAUAAGCAGUUCAGUUUAAAAUCCACAGUCCAAAUCCUGGUAUAGCAGCUUUGUGUUAUAUUCCCAGUGCAAAGAUUCGCUAACAUCAGCAGAACUGCCUACAAGAAGACCGUGAAGGGGUAGCACACCACUUUAUGACAAGCACCUGAGAAAAAACGAGUUCCCAGAUGUUCUCUGUAGCUCAGCUAUCUUACACUGGUGCUCUAGCGUGGAGCAUGUCUCCUGCCUUCCUGGCCUAUGCCAAGUACCGCUCCUGCAAGGAGUCUCAGGAUUUGAGGGAGCAGAAGGAACACACUCACACAGGCUGCCCAGCUCCUCAUCUGAGCUCUUCACUCCUCAGUUGCAGUUGAGGACUUGAAUCUGGAUCUAAUUUCCAUUGGCAUUCCUUUAUAAGAAGUGGAUAGUACUAACUCUUGCUUCACCUGACAAUCCUGCUGGUACACGCAGUUUGCAUGGUCUGUACUAUGUUAUCAGACUUGCAGCUACCAACGCAAAAGACGUGCUUUGUUUGAACACCAAAGAGUGUGCGGGUUGGCUUCGUGUUGGCCUUCCCAUGUGUUCUGUACCCUCUCGAUUGCUGGUGACAUUGCUGCCACCUGGGCAGCCUGAGGGGUCGGGAUCUUAGGGAAAUCCAAGCUGAAAGUUGAUUUGAACAGUUAUCCUCGUCUGAGGGUUUUGUGGUAAAAUAGUGCUGAGCUGCAGCUAAGCCUGAAGUAGGAAGCAAGGAGGGGAGAAAAGGCUUUUUCUUCCCUUUGUGCAUUUGGAAAGCCCUUUGUGUGUAAGUUUUCGUUUCCUCUCUUGCCUUCCCUGCCGCUGUCUGUAUGGUUCUGCUUGGCAGUAGGGGAAACAUUUUGCCAGUGUAAAAACAUUUGUAGCCAGUCAGAAAAUUCAGGGAAUGGUUCAGUACUUGGCAUCUUAAGAGAUGACUGGGAUGUCAGGGUGGAAGCUCACCUUCAAAAUGGAAGUUGUGGGCAUUUAAUCACCUGCCACACUCUACCAGAAACCCCACCUUCCAGUUCACUCAGUGAGUGUCGUUACUGUAGAGAUGUUCUCAUGACAGAGCAAAACCGACAAGGCUCUUCAUGCCCAUUCAGCAUAAGCUGCCAAAAAGAGCUUUCUAAUGACAUAAUUAGCACCCUCACCCCAAAUACCUUGAAGCACACCAAGAAAAGCACUGUGCAGCAGCAUAGCCACGCUGUACCACAGGCUCGUUUUCAAGCAGUGUCAGUAAGGAAGCGUUUUCACAGCCCAGAUGCGCCAGGAGAAGUUUGUAAUCUAGACACAGCCCGUGUUUUAAGAUUCAUCCAGUAUCUUUGCUCUCAUGCUUGGAAAAUGCGUAGCACUGGUCUCACACAGUGGGAAGUAGCCUAACCAAAGGGGAAACUCGUUAGAGUUCUCUGGGAGGAAAGGGCAAGCUUGAAACAUCAAAUGAGCAGAGUAGGUUGGAAGUCCAAGUUUUUGUGUGAUUGGGCACUAUUCCACUCAACAACCAAAGGGGAUGCUACCCUCCCAGGAAAAUAUCUUUGCCUACUUUGUACCAUAAUGUAAAACCAAGACCAUCUGAAAGGAUUAAUAACCAUUUGUAACAAAUUUAACUUUAGCUACUUUUAGCAAAAGGAGUAAAUAAUUGUUUGAAACCAUCACCCAAGCUUGUAAUUUAAGUACUGUAGCAAAAAAAAAUAAAAAUAAAAGAUGUCCCAAAGAAAAUAUAUGAACCUUUUUGGGUACUGUUAUUUCUAAGUAUAAGAAAACACUGAGAAGAUGUUCUGUGAAGUUCAAGUAGUAUCACCAGCAGUAUCACCAAGGAAAACUUUAUGAUCAAACCCAAACCAGAAGGGUAAACGAGGAUAAAGUGCAUGAGGUUUGGUUUGGUUUGGUUUCUAGUGUAAUGUAAGUUUCAUGGGUUGGUUGGUUGGUUUUUCUUUGUUUUAAUAGCUAAAUGAAAACCCAGCCUCCUCACAGAGCAUGAAUUCUCUAGGCAACAGUGUUUAAAGUGCUGAAAUGUUUCCUUACUGUGUUGCUCCAAAAGAAAGUAUUGGAUGGUAAGUUUCAGAAACCCUAGGGUGGGUCACUUGCUUAGAGAUCACAGGCCAGUCUGCUCUUUGAGUUCAACUGAACAAAACCAAAUCAACUCCAACUCUGCCCAGCCCAACCCAGAUGCCUCCAAUUUGAACAGAAGCGUGCCAGCGCUGCGUCUAGCAGCAUCCCCCUGCCUUGGCUCUUCCCCCAAGAGCCACCAAAUGAGGCCACCCAGGAUCUCAGACUGGCUGAAAAACUAGUGAAAUCCUAAGAUGAAAUGAGUUGGUUUUGUUAAUCUUGUUCUGGUUUUGUCAUCUUUGUGUUUUGUAUUUUGUAUAUAAAAUAUUUUGUAAGCUUAAAGUAUUUCAUGUCUCUAAAGAGACAUUUAACUCCAACUCUAAAGAUCUAGUGAUCUUUAGACAUGGCUUCUUUGAAGCUCUUUUUUAUUAUUUAUGGGUGUUUAUUAUUUUGGAUUAAAUAGCAUUGUAACUCUUCUCUGGCUUAAUAAGAGCCUAGAGUUCAUUGUACCCAACAUUGUACAAGAAUCGUGUUCGUCUCAUGAAGGAAGUGAUGAUGGGGAGUAGAUGCCUGCUUUGUUUUAAAGAGUAGCUCUGCGAUGGCUAAGCUGUUACGGAAUUGUAUCACGGAAUUUCAGCCAAAGGUCUGAUUCUGCCCUUAGGCAUCUUGAGCUUGCUGUUAAUGACAAACAGACUAAAAUUAAAAGUGAAAAAAGGCAGUACUGAAGCACACCCAAAGUUUCAAAGGCACAGCUAAUAAUCAGACCUAAGUCCUCCAUUAAUCUAAAAUUGUUGAGCUGCAUUUUGUUGAAAACAAGCUUGAAUCCAGCUUCAUAUGACAGUAGGUCAGUCAGCUCUCCGCAUUUUCUUUCAGCCAAGAAACUGCCUGGCAGUGUCAUCUUUGAGCCAAAAUAGGCCCCGAUGUAGGACUACAGCUAGGCUCUUGGGGAAGUUUUCCAGUAACACUUUUGUCACGUUGCAGUUAAUGGUUGUGUCCUAUUUCAUCGUACAGCCUUGAAAACGAAGUUAAGCCCCACUAUUGUGCUUCCAGACUAAUCAUCUUUAAAGCCGUUAUCAAAAACAACUUUCAGAGUGAGAACUGUAUGUUUCGUUUUUGCUUCAGGAAGUGCCACGUGCCUAGUACUGCAAUGAGAAAACGUCACUGUUUUCCACAGUUUUGCCGCAACACUACUUGAUUUCACAAUUGCUAUCGAUAAUCCAUGGAAGCAGAGGCAAUGCAGCGUUUCCUGCAGCAUUUCCUGCAGCACACCCCUGCAGCUGGUCGGUACUUGUUCAGCUGUCUUCAGCAUGGCUUUCAUGAGAAAGUCUUUGUUACAUCGCAAGUGGUGGUGAAAGCAGGUCUGUGCUAGAAGUUGAGCAAUGAGCUCUGUGAGGCUACAGGAUUAGCAAGGAUAUUUUGAUAUGACUUUUCUGUGCUAGCUGAAUUCAGCACACUGUAGAAAGGGCAGAGAAAAGAGAGCAAAAGGUUUGAAUCAUUUAAGAUCCAUGAAUUUCAGUAAGACAAAAUGUCAGCAUCUGCCAUUGUAGAAGUUAGCAGUGUUGCUCCAAACUGUCCCACUGCAAGUAGUAGGUAAAGGUAGAUUUGAAAAAGGUACAAAGAAAAAAAAAAAACAAAACAAAAAAAACAACAACUAUACACUGAGAAUUCCUAAUGGCAUUCCUAAUCCAAAGAUCUGAAUCUUUAAGUACAAGUUGGUAAAUAAGGGAGGAACUUCUCCAGAUUGUACAAAUGUUAUAGGCAAAGGGCUGCAGAAAACUUAAUAAAGACCUUUGAAAGAGGAUCAAAAAAUGUAUUGGUAAAAGAUGAAAAAUAUUUUGGAUAAUGACAUCUACCAGUGGUGGUGUUUUUUUCAACCAGAUUUUAUAGAAACAAACAAAAAACAAACAAACAAAAAAAAAGGCACCGUAAUUUAAUGAAGACAGGGAAGAGAGUGACUAAUGGUUAAAAUAUCUCUGGCUUCUUUGCAGGACUCCCUAGGAGGAAUUUAAGUGGUCUGUACAAGGUCACAUAGCAGACAGAAACAACGCAGGAUCAGAGUUUAUAAAUCCUGUCUUCUGAUCUCUUGCCUGGUCCUGGGCCCACUAGGACAACAUGGAUUAGGGAAGAUAGAUGAGUACCCUGUUGUUCACAUUAGCCUCAACUUCACACAGCUUUGAGGACUUUGUUUCAAGAUUUUUUUUUUUUUUAAUUCUCCUAAAUUUUGUUAUGAUUGUAAGGAAUAAAAUUGAUUCAUGAGAUGAAUUUCCUUUCUGGUAUGUAGCAAUACAUCCAAAUGCUGUUCUAGUGUAUUUCUAGUGCUUGAUAUCAUCAUACCCAUGGUAGCGGGUUGCUGUUUACAUGUAUUAGGACAAAUUCUAUCAACAGACCACCUGGGAACACAUAAUUUCAACUGCUGUAAUCACAAAAUGAGGCUCAAGCUGUCUGUAGUCCUUUUGUCUUUUGCUAUCUGACCCUUGCUAUUCAUGCGCUGGUAACUGCAGGGACGUAACAAUGCUCGGCAGAGCAGGCCCAGUUGAGAAAUCUAUUAAAAAAAAAAAAAUCAAGCCACAAUUUCAGUUCUGUUAGGCUUCAUACAAUACCUACCACUGUGCCAAGAGGGAAAAUCAUUACUGAAGAACCAGCAAUGGGGAAAGAAGCAGUGGUCACCUGAUGCUGCCUCCAGCAGAAAUGAAGUUCUUGUGAGGUGGCACGGAAAUGGUUUGACCAUAAAGUGGAUGUUGUCAUCACUGUCUGCAAAUGUGAUAGAUGGAAAUAAUUUCAAAUGUUCUUGGCAUCUCUCAAAAUGCCUUUAAUAACCUUCUUUUCUUUUCAAUUUUUGUAUUAUUAAAGCCCUUCCCUAGUUGAAGGCAAAGAGGAGAAUUAAGCAAUGGUAAACCUUUUUUUAAAAUUCGAAAUGUACUGUCUCUUAGAUUUUUCUAUAAAUAGGGUAUUGCCUUCCUGAGCUAAUUCACUGCUGCCCACAAUUUACCUACAAUGGCAAAAUAGAUGGCCAUUAGCAGUAAGUGACUCAAGAGAGAGCUCCAUCAGAAAGAACCAUCUAUAUCGGCUCAUGCAGUAGGAUGUUGAAGCAAUAUUUUCAGAGAACUGGCAGACUUUUGUACUGCAGAACAAGCCUUGCACAGCCCACCCACACUGCCAGCCCAGCCUGGCACUUUGUUCUUCUUUGUGCUGGUGCUUUUCUCAGCUGUGAUGUCUCAGCUGAGAGCAGCCAGGGAGGCAAGUCGUCUUGCAAAGCAAACUUUGCUCAUUUUCCUGCAGAGAAGCCCAGCGGCUGCACGUCUCCUAAAAGCAAACAGAACAGCCACAUGUUGGCCAUAAAGACCUGUAGGGUUUUAGCUGGAAGCUCCACAACAGCCUGUCUGUCCUGCACUCCCCACAGCCCGUGAUCAGGUAGAUGGUUGGUCUCAGUAACAAGUAAUCCGUGCAGGCCUGGAGGAGAUGCUCUUUGCCACCUAAUUCCCUCUGGGGGAGCCAAAUGCCCAUAAGUCAAAUGUCCUGCUAGCAGGAGAGCAAGCAGUGUCCUCCAGGAUUGAGCCCAAGCUUGUGUUUGUCCAGCACAGAGGAGAGUGCGCAGUCUGUCCCGUGGUCUUUUCUGAGGUCUUUGAAAGCAAUUGCCAAAAUUACCAAAAAUAUUUUAAGAACCCAAACUUGCUAAUCUCCUUUAUGAAGAAAUACGUAGUGUAAGGGACUGAAGGCCUGAGGAUCCUGCAACAAAGGCAUGAGAAAGCCACAAAAAAAAAAAAAAAAAAAAAAAAGAUUUCAGUGGAGGCAGUGUUGCCAAGAGUCCCUCAGGAUUUUGAGAUCAUUCAGAUGUAAGAAGGGCAGGCUUGAAAUAGUUUUUAAAGAAACAAGGCUAUGUUCUAUGGCACUUCUUGUCACAGAGCACUUAGCUUCACAGUCAUGAGUCCAAAUACAGUUCAGUGGGUUACAGCAGGGCAAUGACAGGGUGAGUUUAAAAUUCUUUUUUUUUUUUCUGGCUGUCAUCCUGACCUGUAGGGUUACAUGGCAAACCAGUUUGUUUUUCAGCAACCAGCAGUUGCUUUUCAGCUUUCUUUACAUUAUUGUUUUAUUUUCCUCAAACCUUCAUUCCUGCCUCUAAGUGACAUUCCCGUUAACCAUUUGGCUCCGUACUUUUUUGAUACAGCCAGGAAAAAAUUGUCUGUGGCUGAAAAAGGAUGGGGCCAUUUUCACAGCAUAUCCAAAAACACUGCUGUGAGGAAAGCAACUUAGCAUUUUGCUUCAGGAAGCUACCACUGUUUGAAAAGCUACAUGAUGCCUUAUGUGUUACUGUGUUAAUUUUUUUGCACGUUGUUUUCCUGACUAGCACCUUGUCCUUCUACGUGAAGUAUUUUCCUUUAGGCUUCUUCCAGGUAUCAGUGGUGAGCUGUGAGACCCAUCUGAACAUCUCGACCAUCUUGACACAAGUGGACAUCACUAAUUCUAGCAACUGAGUUGCCACUCUUUCUUUCAGUGUCAGUGAAGAUAUCUGAUGAGAUGCUGACUUCAUUAUAAGGGGAAUAUAUUGUAUAUAUCUGUGAGUGCUGCGCUAUUUUUAAAGCACAUUUACGACUUACCCACAGUGUCCUAUUUAAGUUAUCUAACCUGCAAAAUUAGGGAGAAUGCUAUAAAUGAACAAUUGGAGCACAACUGAGAUGGAAGUGGUUCAAGUGAUCAAUUUGUGAGCUGGAAUAUAACAAAGAAUUUUAGGAGAUUUAAAGAAACAAUUUUACAGCAUAUAUAUAUAAUGUAUAUGCAUAUGUAUAAUGUAUAUAUGUGUAUGUAUAUAUAUAUAUAAACACAUCAGAAAAAUGUACUUUCUGAUGUGCUGUGACACAGUUUCCUGUAGCUCAGAGAAAGAGAUGAUUAAGUGAUAAAACCAAAGCUGGAACUUGGGAAUUGCCUGCUAUCGCACAGAUUUCUUACACGGUCUUAAGCACAUCAGUUAAUCCUCCUGUGUUUCAGUACUCCCCGAAGUAAUGGGGAGAAAUACUGUUUGAUGCUCUCUGUGGAAAUACAGCAGUGAGCAGAAUCAUGGUAAGCUUGUAAGUAAAAUGUUUUGAGCAAUAUCAGCAACUUGCUUGUCACACCUCUGUCUGAAGUGUUACUUGUGACAAUGCAAGGUAAAUUUGCAAAGAACCCCGCAUCUGAGAGGGUAAAAAAAGGCGGGGAAGAGAGAAGAAACAAAGAAAGAAACCCAUUCUUGUUUCUCUCUUUCUUUUUCAGGUUUUCUAUGAAUACAAUAGCUGCUUCAGGAAAAAAAAUAAAAAAAGUAUUAAAAAAUGCAAAGAUACACUUUAGUAUCCCUGCCAUUUUUUUGUCCUGUGCUGCCAGAUGUAGAAAUUGUAUCUGUUUUUAUUUUUUGUGAUUUUUUUUGUUAGCAUUGUAAUGACUAUAAUGUGAGAUUUUGCCGCUAUUUUAAGCUACCUGAGAGGAAGAGUGUAGAACCAUAAAAUGCUUUUGCAAAUUAGCAUUUUCCUAUGGGAGUGAGGGGUAAAAGCAUUUGCUUGAUGGAUUUCAAUAGCUGGUAUCGGCAGUACCCAGACCUGUCAGUCCUUCACACUUGCCAUGGGGCAAAGCUUUUAACAGUCUCAAUAUUACCAGUGGUUAUCUGAAAAAUAAGCAGCCUGUGGACAAUGUGACCAGGUCAUUUUUGAAAGUGUUCAUACUAGAGCCUUUGAGAGAGAAUCUGAAAAAGUCUGUUCCCAAUGCUAUUAGCACUUAUAUGGGUUAGGCUUUUCGCUGCUGUGUUACUGUUAGUGACAGUAUUAGCGGGGAUUUAGUCAUUUAGGUAUAUUUAGUGAUUUAAAUUCUCCGGGUCAUCAUAAGCUAUUUGCUGGAAACACUGAAGGUGACAUAGAGCAGCUAACAUAAAGGAAAAGGCAAGACAAGCUAAGGUAUGGCUUCUGGCCCAAACACAGGAAAACUUACUAUUCCUCUGAAGUCAGUGGCAAAUUUCAUUGCAAUAUUUACCUAUCUCUGUUUUCAUAAUAAACAUAUCUGCUAUAUAUUCAAAAUCUAUUAGUAUAUGCUACAGGUAUUCAAAAUCUCUUAGCAUACACUACAGCACCUUUGGUAAUAGUUAGCUGUUGAGGGUUAAGUCACUGUAUGCCAGAUUGCUUAACUAGAUUUCUACAUCUUCGUCCUUUAGUGUUUGCCCAUUGGUGUAGCCGAUGUUUUGGGGUUUGAAGACUUUGAAACCAACAGUUUUGAGCAGUUAGGCAUAAAUUAUGCAAAUAAGCAGCUUCAGUAUUAUUUCAGUCAGCAUAUUUUCAAAUUGGAACAGGUAAGAAAUCAGUUACUGAAACAACUUGUUUUAUUAAAGUCUCAUCUAUUAUGCAAACUGUUCUGCAAAACAUCAUGGCAUAAUUUUUAUAAUUGGUUGAAUAUAUCUCCAGAAGUGUUGGAGGUUUUUUAUUAUUAUUUCUUGUUUUAGUGUCGCUUAUUAUGGUAUCAUUUGAAAGUUGCAGCUUUGCUGUAUGUAGUGCCCCAUGUGCACUAAUGUCAGCUGGGUCUUUCUUCAGAGAGCAAGCAGUGAGUUUCUCUUCCCCAGCACAGCCACCUCCAUCAGCACCCCUCUGUCAUAGAUGUGAAACUGCCCUUAGCUGCAGAAAGAUUCAGGCAUCUUGCCUGCUGUUUCUGUGUAUUACCCCAUUUAUAAGUGACCUCCUUGUGUUUUAUUUUUGCAGGAGGCUGAGGUUAUAGCUUUUGUCCAUUUCCUUCUACAUAUGAAUCUAGGUGGUGGCAGAGAAGAGCAAUGCCAUCACAGUGUUUUACCAAAACAGAGAAAGAAUAUAGUCACAGGAUGUAGAUAAGGCACUUCUGUGUGCUCAUGUUUCGGACCCAUGCAUGUCCUACUCUUUGGUUGAUGAGAGAAGCCAGCAUUUAAUCUUGCCCAUUCAUAUGGCACCUUGACAAGCCAGAAAUGAUCAUGGCAGGUGAAUAAUCCUAUCAGUCCCAGUUGCAUAUUAAAAUUCACUGUCAUCUUCAUGAGCUGAGGUACUUAUCUGCGCAUACCCCACCGAGGUGCUGCUUUUCAGCACUUGCUAUGAUUUCCAAGACCUGGGUAAGAAAAUGGUUUAAAAAAAAAACCAACCACCUUCAUUAGAGGAAGAGGCGAGGAUGAGUAGGUCAUGUAAUUAGACGAAACUAGGUCGUAUGACUGGGAUUUUCCUUGUGAGGAAAUACUCACAAUUGCUGCCAAUUUAUUCAAAAUGUGAUGAGGGGAGAGGGGGAGGAGGCAGGCAUGUAGCUAUUGUCCUUUCUUCAGGCUAUUUCUUGUUUCUCAUUGCCUCUUUAUCUCAACUAUCUCAUUGGUUUAAAAAGAAAAAGAAAAAUCACAGACUCCUGAUGCUUCUGUUACUGUGAGAAGCGUUUUUUUGUUUGUUUGUUUUGCUUUGUUUUGUUUUGUUUUAAAGAAAAUUACUGAUAGCCUAGCCUUGCUUUUUAAUGUCACCAGGAUAUUAUCGUUAAGGAGGUUAUUUGCUUCCUUUUGAGUUUUCCUCUUCAGUAAGAGUUUGAUUUAGGUAUACUGCAAAUUUCCAUUGUUUGAGAAUUGGAAGUUUAGAGUCAUCUCCAAAACAAGAAAUUAAUGGUCUAUACAUGAUACCUGUAUUUGUCCAAACUUGCACUAGUUUAAUGUGCAUUGUAGAGCAGCCUUCUCUCAAAAUAUUAUGCAAACUCAUUGGCGGAGAUCAAGACUUCUAUUCUUUGCAUCCUUUUUAAGGUAAUAUCUCAGUUAGUUAAAAGAAGGGCUUCAAGCACUGCAGUAAGACGAGUGCUAAUGAAUCACUUUGAGUGAACAGUUUCAUAAGCAGACCCUGGUGGGGAGGAGGCACUCUGAGACCUGAAGCCAGGCAUUGAGUAGGGAAGGUGAAAAGAACACUGAAUAGCUUCCCAGUGACUGCGUGAACAGGAAUCCUUAGAGACAACAGGAUAUGCUAAUGUGAUUAAAGAUAAUAUAAUACUUAGGAACCAAAAGCCCAAAUCACAAAGUACAAUCAGGGAUAUUUCUGGGAUUUGAGUCAUUGACUUUACAAUGUUAUUAAAUAGUGCUUUUCAGAGAAGCUGCAGCAGAGCUGCAUUGCUUUAAAAUAUGCAGUUCAAGCCAAAACAUAACACUUGGAACACUAAGCUAUUUUAUCCCAAAAUAAAAUCAUAGAAAAGAAGGAAAAAAAGACUUUUGACACUGUCACAAUAUCAUUUCUAGCUAGAGCAGAGCCAGAUUUUGCUGUUCUCGCAACUGUUCUCAUACAGGAAGUCUCAGUGGAUUUGUUAUUGAUGAUCUUCUAAUCUUGGAGGUAUGAAUUUUAUUACUAUUAUAAUUAGUGCUUAAAGUACAUGAGGUGUCUGACAUACAGCUUGGCAGAUAAAGAGGCUUCUGUACAUCAUACCAUGGGGCUUCUGUAUGUGUUUCAGUCCUUGUAUAUGUCUACAUCUCUGUAAAGCAGAGUACACAGAGACUCUGCUCGCCCUUUUCCCACCUCUCAGGUACAUUGCACUUACCUACAGUGAAUAACACUGCAAGAGCAGCCGUGCUCCUCGAGCUCUGCAUUUCUGACCCAUACUUGAAUGAGACAUGCUGGGGCACAAGGGUUUCAUCUCACUACCACCACUGCAGUGCACUCCUACAGAGGAAUUUAUUUUCCAAUAGAUUUGACACCUAACUAUGACCAGAAAAAUGCUUUGACACACUCAUAAAAAAAAAAAAAAAAA